AUGGAGUUUUCUGAGCUGUACAAGCAGAGCAGUUCGCUCGUGUCGUUUUCGCCCGACGGACAGUACGUGGCCAUGGCCGUGGAGCACCGGCUGAUAGUACGCGACUCGGAGAGCCCGAAGCGGAUCCAGCGCGUAUACGCAUGCGAAUACUCGGCCAUCCAGGACGUGGCGUGGUCGAGCGACUCGCAGUAUAUUCUGACCGCAUCCUAUGCGCAGAACCGCGUCGAUGUGUGGUCGCUAGAGGACGAGCAGUGGCGCUGCAGCAUCAUCGAUGAGGCAGCACAGGUGACGCGCGCGCAGUGGUCCCCGGAUGCGCGGCACAUUCUGACGCUGAGCGAGCUGGAGCUGCGGCUGUCGAUCUGGGCACUGGACGGCAGCGCGCGGCGGUACAUCCAGCACCCAAAAUCAGGGUGGGCGAGCCUGGCAUUCCACCCCGAGGGCACGUACAUGGCGCUGGUGCAGCGUCACGACUACCGCGACUACAUUGGCAUAUAUGGUGUGGGGACGUGGGAGAUGGCGCGUGAGAUCCCGCUGGAGGACAUGGUGGACUGUGUGGGCGUCACAUGGUCGCCCGACGGCCUCCACCUGUGUGCCUGGGACAUGCCCGCGACCUUCUCGGUCGUGGUACUGAAUGCAAUCGGCAUCAUGAAGCGUGCAUUGGCGGAUUCUGGGCUGGGCGUGGGUCGCGCAGUGUGGGCGCCGGCGGGCGAGCUCCUGGCGGUGUGCGGGCUGGACCGCAAGAUCCGGAUGCUGAACGACCUGACGUGGCGGAGCAUCGCCACGCUGGAGCACCGCCGCAUUCCGCCAUCAUCAGCCGACGUGUUCCUAGAAGUCGACGUCGAUGUGCCAUUGGCGCAGCAGGCCAAGGCGCUGGGCAGCCCGGCGGCGCGGCGGCGCACGCGGUUCGAUCUGGUGCAGGGUAAGGUGCAGAAAUAUGUGCCAGCAGAUAUCCACCGGGUGGGAAGCCGGCAAGGCGUCUCGGCGGCAUUCAGCGCCGACGGAGUGUUUCUGGCGACGCGCGACGAGACCAUGCCGAACUGCGUGUGGGUGUGGCGGACCGACCGCAUGCGGUGUGUGGCGGUGGUGCAGAUGCAGCUGGCGGUGCGUGAGUUCCGGUGGAGCCCGGUGGAGUCGGUACUGGCAGUGGUCACGGGAUCGUCCAGUGUCUACCUGUGGAAGGACGCCAAGGGAUGUAUGGUGUGCGAGGUGCCGGCUGCCAAUGCCCUGGCGUUGGGCAUCCGGUGGAAUCCUAAUGGCGAUAGCUUGGCGGUAUUAUCCCGGGGACUGUUUUGCUUGGCGCAGCUGCCAGCCUAA